AUGAACUCGAUCAAACGGCAGAAGCAGCGCAAGGUGCUGCUGAUGGGCAAGAGUGGAGCUGGCAAGUCGUCGAUGAGAAGCAUCGUGUUUAGCAACUAUGUCGCGAAAGAUGUCCGUAGGUUGGGCGCGACAAUCGACGUCGAGCACAGCAACAUCAAGUUUAUGGGAAACCUCAUGCUCAAUCUCUGGGACUGCGGGGGUCAAGAUGGCUUCGUCGAGAACUAUCUCAACCAAUCUAGAAACCACGUCUUCGGCUCCGUUGCCGUCCUCAUCUUCGUCUUCGAUAUCGAAUCGCGCGAAUUCGCAGCCGACGUCGUCUCCUAUUCCAACAUCAUUCGUGCCCUCCAUGAAUGCAGUCCCAGUGCCAAAGUCUUCUGUCUCAUACACAAGAUGGACCUUGUGCAAGCCCGCCUCCGCCAGGCCAUGUUCGACGAGCGCGCCGAGUAUAUCCGGGAGGCUAGCGAGGGCUUCAAGGAUACAGUUGAGUUCUUCGCGACAAGUAUCUGGGACCAGAGCUUGUACAAGGCUUGGACAAAGAUCAUCUACUAUCUGAUUCCGAACGCGGGCACGAUCGAGGCGCUGCUGGAACAGCUGGCAGAGGUCAUAGAUGCGAGAGAACUCAUCCUGUAUGAGCGGACGACAUGUCUUACUGUCGCGCAUGUCACAAGACAGACCGAAGAAUCGAAUCCCUUCACGGAUCGUUUCGAGCGCAUUUCGAGCAUCCUUAAGACACACAAACAGAGCAUGGCAAGACACACAAACAUCCCCGCCGGUAGCGCAAACUUUGCAGAGAUGCAGAUUAAAACCGGUCGCUUCAUGUUCUUCAUAACACGCCUCACCGAGAACACAAACCUCGCAGUCGCCAUUCCACCUUCCGAACAAGUAUUCAACGCGGCCCGCGUAAACAUCUUCCAAGUGCGCCCCAAGUUUGCUGAACUCGAUAUCGCAGCGAAGCCCAGACCUCCGAUACAACAGGCGUUUGCUGGGAGUGCUGAUACAAGCGAUAGCACAGACAAGGGGAAGCAAAAAGAGGUGGGCUAUAACUCUGGAGUUUAG